AUGGACCACGGCUGCGGACUAUCCGGAUGGCGACCAUUCAGCACCGUCAUCCGCGCCGAGUCUCGCACCGGGCCUCGCGGGCCAUACACCUGGGCGCAGGAGCUCUUCAGCACCUUCCAUCACAAUCCCACGGUAGUCUGGAGCCCCGCGGACAGGCGCUACCUGAUGCACUUCAUCGGAUACGACUGGGACGCGCCGGACCACUGCACGUCGAUCAAGCGAAACAACUCCAUCUCCGUGUCGAGCUCACCCGACCUCCGCAGCUGGAGCGACCCGACCACCCUCCUCGUCAACGUCACGAACCCAGCCGCCUGGCCGCUCUGGACGCCCCAGCAUCGCACGCCGGAGAUGCUCCUCGCGACGGAGAAGAAUAACAUCUACCACGCGAGGCGGUACACGGGACCGUAUACGCUCUGCGUGGAGCCUGGGUUCAUCGAGAUCGACACGUCCCUGCGGAGCGAGGAUCCGUUUCUCUGGCGGGAUAAGCGAGGGCAUUGGCACUUUCUGGUGCAUCAUAUGGUGGAUAUUGCGCUUGGGAAGAAGGGCCCGCGUGUAGGCGCGCAUGUGUUUGCGAGGCGCUGGGAAGGCCCGUGGCAUUACAACAAUGUCACACUGGCGUAUAACACUACCGUUGAGUUUACUGAUGGGACCACGAUGGAGUAUUAUCGCAGAGAGCGGCCGAAGCUCUACUUCAGCGAUGAUGGCGAGAUGACGCCGCUGUAUCUGGAACUUGACGGUGUUUGCGAGAGUAGAAACUCCCUCCUCUCCGAACUCUGCACAAUAUGCCACAUCAACGCCCCCAAAUACCGCUGUCCGCGCUGCUCAACCCGCACCUGUUCCCUCCCCUGCUCGCGCCGGCACAAGCUCUGGUCGCAGUGUUCCGGCAUCCGCGAUCCGGCCGCCUACCUCCGCCGCAGCGAACUCGCCACCGAGUCCGCCUUUGACCGCGACUUCAACUUCAUCACGGGGAUCGAGCGCGGGCUGGAGCGCGCCGAGCGCGACGUCGAGAAUCGCGGGAUUCGCGGACGCUCCGGGGUGCUGGACCCCGCUGCCGUGGGGUUGGAGCAUGAGGUAGAGAGCUACGAGUCGGGGCCAGGGGAUAAAAAGCGGAAACGUGGCCCGGGUGCGGAGGGUCCUGGGCUGGUGAAAGGGGAAGCUGGGUUUCUGCGCGGGGCUGAGAAUGCCGGCGUGAGGGUUGUUCGGGCGCCUAGGGGUAUGAGUCGGAAUAAGGCGAAUGCGACACGGUGGCAUCCGAAACACAAAUGCUUGAAUUGGACGGUGGAGUGGAUUGGCCCUGGUGGGGAGAGGAGGAACAGAUCUUGUUUGGAAUCAUGCUCUAUUGCAGAGGCCUACGACCGCGCCUUUCCUCUGCCGAAGCAGGAGCGCGAGCAAACUGUGUCCGAGACAGAACCCCAGGUCCAAGACGAGUCCGCGCCUCCGUCUACGGCGACCAACGUCCAGAAUACCGCACCCGAUGCAGAGGAUGCCCAACCAGACCGCACGUCUACGCCGCCUGACAAGAUCUCGUCCCAUCGCGAUCUCUACUUCUAUCUCCAUCGACCCCGCACUGCCACGAAACAGCCGGUACUCAUCCCCGUGGAUCCCCGAGCCACCCUAGCCUCCGCUCUUCGGGACCGCACUGUGCUCGAGUUCCCCUCGAUUUAUGUACUUGCAGACUCACCUGAGACACUACGCACGACAACAGAAAAUCCCUCGUUCCUCCUCGAAGAGGUGUAUCUACAGUCGCAACCACAGGCCGAGCAAGAACAGGACGACACGACGGCUGAGGAGACGGUCGAGGGUGCACAUGCACUGGGCUCGGUGGAUAUUACAAACGUGGAUGAGAACAAAGUCUUGGAGGUGUUGAAGAAGGACCUCUUCGAACCUGUUUCUGCGGCAGCAACACCAUGA